GCGCUGCUCCGCACAGCAGCUGCACGCGCUCACGUCCAGUGUUUGACAAAACCUCCUCGCGCGAGCAGAACGUGUGCGGCGGUAAUGGCUGCCAGGGAGAGGGAGGAAGACAACAAAUGAACCACAAAGAGACGAUUCAAAGUGAGGACUAGGAUGGUAAGCAGCCAGCCGAAGUACGAGCUGAUCCAGGAGGUGGGGCGUGGCAGUUACGGUGUGGUCUAUGAGGCAGUGGUGAAGCGCACAGGGGCCCGGGUGGCGGUCAAGAAGAUCCGCUGCCACUCUCCGGAGAAUGUGGAGCUUGCCUUGCGGGAGUUCUGGGCCCUCAGCAGCAUCCAAAGCCAGCACCCCAACGUCAUCCACCUGGAGGAGUGCAUCCUGCAGCGGGACCAGCUGGCCCAGAGGAUGAACCAUGGCUCCAGCUCCCCGCUCUACCUGGAGCUGGUGGAGACGUCUCUGAAGGGCGAGAUCACAUUUGACCCGUGCUGUGCCUACUACUUGUGGUUCGUCACCGACUUCUGUGAUGGUGGCGACAUGAACGCCUACCUGCUUUCCAGGAAGCCCAGCCGCAAGACCAACACCAGCUUCAUGCUGCAGCUGGGCAGCGCCCUAGCCUUCCUGCACCGCAACCAGAUCAUACACCGCGACCUCAAACCGGACAACAUCCUCAUCUCCCAGGCCUGCACGCCAGCCGGCUCCUGCGAGCCCACCCUCAAAGUGGCUGACUUUGGCCUGAGUAAGGUGUGCUCCACCUCUGGGCUCAACCCAGAGGAGCCGGCCAGCGUCAACAAGUGCUUCCUGUCCACGGCCUGCGGAACAGACUUCUACAUGGCCCCCGAGGUCUGGGAGGGACACUACACGGCUAAGGCGGAUAUCUUCGCCCUGGGUGUGAUUAUUUGGGCCAUGGUGGAGCGCAUCACCUUUGUGGAUGUGGAGACUCAGAAGGAGCUGCUGGGGAGCUACGUGCAGCAGGGCUCAGAGAUUGUCCCUUUAGGGGAGGCUCUGUUAGAGAACCCAAAGAUGGAGCUGCUGAUCCCUGCCCGCAAAAAGAGCAUGAACAGCCACAUGAAGCAGCUGAUCAGGGAGAUGCUGUCGGCCAACCCUCAGGAACGGCCCGACGCCUUUGAACUGGAGCUCAGACUGGUCCGUAUCGCCUGCAGAGAGCUGGACUGGGACACGUGAUGGACGAACGAACGGAGCCAUUGACUGAGCUGAUCAAGCACAUGUACACAUCUUCUCUUUUAAUGUUGAUCUGAAAGGUCACACUAUGGGAAUAAUGUUUUUUAACUAGGGAACAAUAAUUAGAAUAGUCAUUGUUUGUAUUCAUUCUUAAAGGAGAAUUCAGGUUUUCUUAAAUCUCA